GGGCCGUGAAGGCGGCGCGGGGUCAAGUGUAACUCAGCGUCCAAUAGUGGGCUCCAGGUGCGGGCCGGGGGGGCGACAGAGAGGAACAGCGUCCACCAGGCCAACACUACACCGGAGGAGACGAUGGAAAGCCAGCAGAGCCAGGUGCUGAACCUCGAGCGGGUGCAGGCGCUGGAAACCUGGCUGAAAGCAACCAACAUAAAGCUGACUCAAGUAAACGGCCAGAGGAAGUAUGGAGGACCACCCGAGGUGUGGGAUGGGCCCGCCCCAGGAUCCCGCUGUGAGGUCUUCAUCAGCCAGAUCCCUCGGGACACCUACGAGGAUCUGCUGAUCCCCCUGUUCAGCUCUGUGGGGCCCCUCUGGGAGUUCCGGCUCAUGAUGAACUUUAGCGGCCAGAAUCGCGGCUUCGCCUACGGCAAAUACGGCUCGCCGGCUGCGGCCAACGAAGCCAUCCGCCUGCUGCAUGGUCACAUGCUGGAGCCCGGCUUCCGCCUCAGCGUCCGCCGCAGCACUGAGAAGAGACACCUCUGUAUCGGGGACCUGCCGGCCACUACCAGGCAGGAGGACCUGCUGAAGGUGCUGCGUGUACUGGCAGACGGGGUGGAGAGAAUGUCCCUGAAGGCUGGGCCUGGUAUAGAGGGGGUGUCCGCUAUAGUGGCCUUCUCAUCCCACCACGCUGCUUCUAUGGCUAAGAAGGUGCUGGUAGAAGCAUUCAAGAAGCAGUUUUCAUUGAACAUCUCAAUCAAAUGGCAGUCCACAGUGAAGCCCAGCUUGGAAGAGCAACUGUCUCCACACAAACUGCCAAAGAGCCUCCUGCCGUCACCCCUGAAGCCGCCGCGCCACAUCCCCAACUCCCCACAGCGCUCGGCCCUGCCUCCUCGCUUGGCCCGCCCUCCAUCCACCCCCCUUGGUUUCUGCAGGGCAGUGGGAAGACCCACUGUCCCUCAGCACCCUCCCCCUCCCCGCUCCUCCACUUCUGCCUCCCAGGGGCACCUCAUGUCCACGGCGCCCUCGCCAUCCCCCGUGGUGCUCCUGCGUAAGCUGUGCGAGGCGACCGGCGUUGGCCAGCCACUCUAUGAGAUGUACUACAGCCACGCCGGGCCUGAUGGAUUCCUCUGCUUUACCUAUAAAUUGUGCAUCCCCGGGAUAACCCUGUCCUUCAAAGGGCUGGUCAUGAUCUUACCGGGACCCACCGCCACCACCACGCUGGAAGAAGCUCAGCGAGCUGCAGCCCAGCAGGUCCUUCAGAGGCUGUACAAUAAUCAGCUCGCCCAGUGAAGCCUAUCAGAUAGUAUCCAGUACAACUACCUCUGCCGUACUGUUUGUUUUGUCAAUGUUAUAUC